UGCUUCAUUACCUUUAUUAUUGGGAAUUUUUUUUAUUUUUAAUAGGGAAAAUUAUAUUAUAAUUUAUUUUUUUAAAUUUUUAAAUUUAAACAUAUAUUUACUUUAUUUUAGAAUGAUUAUAGCUUUUUUAGUAAAAAUACCUAUAUAUUUUGUUCAUUUAUGAUUACCAAAAGCUCAUGUAGAGGCUCCUGUGUCUGGAUCAAUAAUUUUAGCUGGAAUUAUGUUAAAAUUGGGUGGUUAUGGAUUAUUACGAGUUAUAGUUUUUUUACAGCAAGUAGGUUUAAGGUUUAAUUUUAUUUGAGUUAUUAUUAGUUUAUUGGGAGGAUUUUAUGUUAGAUUAAAUUGUUUUUGUCAGGUUGAUAUUAAAUCCUUAAUUGCAUAUUCAUCAGUGGCCCACAUAAGAUUAGUUAUUGGUGGGAUUAUAACAAUAAGUUAUUGAGGAUUUAUGGGUUCUUAUGUAUUAAUAAUUGGGCAUGGUUUAUGUUCCUCUGGGAUAUUUUGUUUAGCUAAUAUUAAUUAUGAGCGUUUACAUAGACGAAGAUUAUUUAUUAAUAAGGGGAUAAUAAAUUUUAUUCCUUCAAUAAGAUUGUGGUGAUUUUUAUUAAUGUCGAGUAAUAUAGCUGCUCCUCCAUCAUUAAAUUUAAUGGGGGAAAUUAUGUUAAUUAAUAGAUUAGUUAGAUGAUGUUGAUUUUCCAUAAUUUUUUUGAUGUUAAUUUCUUUUUUUAGAGCUGGAUAUAGAUUAUAUUUAUAUUCUUAUACUCAACAUGGUAAAUAUUAUUGUGGAAUUUAUAGUUUUUAUACGGGAGUAUCUCGGGAAUAUUUAAUAUUACUUUUACAUUGAUUACCUUUAAAUAUUUUAAUUAUAAAAAUUGAUUAUAGUAUAAUUUGAUUUUACUUAAAUAAUUUAAAUAAAAUAUUGAUUUGUGGUGUCAAAAAUAUGAAUAAUGUUCAUUUUAAGUUAUUCAAAAAAAAUUUAUUUGUUUUUUAAGUUUUUUUUUUUUAUUUUUUUUUAGUAUAAUAAAUUUUUUAUUUAUAGUUUAUUUUAUUUAUAAUAAUAUAAUUUUUUUUUUAGAGUGGGAGGUUAUCUCUUUUAAUUCUAAUAUGAUUGUUAUAUCAAUUUUAUUAGAUUGAAUAUCUUUAUUAUUUAUAAUAUUUGUUUCUCUAAUUUCUUCUGUUGUAAUUUUUUAUAGAAAGAGAUAUAUAUCUUCUGAGAAAAAUUUAAAUCGUUUUAUUAUUUUAGUUUUAUUAUUUGUAUUUUCUAUAAUUUUAUUAAUUAUUAGUCCAAAUAUAAUUAGAAUUUUUUUAGGGUGAGAUGGUUUAGGGUUAGUAUCUUAUUGUUUAGUUAUUUAUUAUCAAAAUGUGAAAUCUUAUAAUGCUGGUAUGUUGACAGCUCUUUCUAAUCGAGUUGGUGAUGUUUGUAUUUUAAUUUCUAUUUCUUGAAUAAUAAAUUAUGGGAGUUGAAAUUAUAUUUUUUAUUUAAAUUUUAUAUCUAAUGAUUUUUCUAUAAAAAUGGUUGGGAUUAUGAUUAUUUUAGCUGCUAUAACUAAAAGAGCUCAAAUUCCUUUUAGAUCUUGAUUACCUGCAGCUAUAGCUGCUCCUACUCCUGUUUCAGCUUUAGUUCAUUCAUCUACAUUAGUUACAGCUGGGAUUUAUUUAUUGAUUCGGUUUAAUAGUUUAUUAUUAGAUUUAUUUAUAUUAAAAAUUUUAUUAUUAUUAUCUGGUUUAACCAUAUUUAUAGCUGGGAUUACAGCAAAUUAUGAGUUUGACUUGAAAAAAAUUAUUGCAUUAUCUACUCUAAGACAAUUAGGGUUAAUAAUAAGAAUUUUAAGAAUGGGUUUACCAGAUUUAGCAUUUUUUCAUUUAUUAACUCAUGCUAUAUUUAAGGCUUUAUUAUUUAUAUGUGCUGGUGUAGUUAUUCAUAUAAUGAAUAAUAUUCAAGAUAUUCGUUAUAUGGGGGGAAUUAGAUAUUAUUUACCUUUUACUUCCCUAUGUUUAAAUAUUUCUAAUAUGGCUUUAUGUGGGAUUCCUUUUUUAGCUGGAUUUUAUUCUAAAGAUAUAAUUUUAGAAAUAGUUUCUUUAAGAUAUUUAAAUAUGUUUAUCUUUUUUUUAUAUUAUGUUUCUACUGGUUUAACUAUAUAUUAUAGAUUUCGUUUAAUAAUAUAUUUAAUAGUUAAUGAUUUUAAUUUACUAAGAGUUUAUAAUUUAUAUGAUGAGGAUUUUAUUAUAUUAAAGAGUAUGUUUACCUUAUUAUUUAUAAGAGUUGUUAGAGGAAGAUUUUUAAGAUGAAUAAUUUUUUCUUACCCAUAUACAAUUUAUUUAUCAUUUAAUAUAAAAAUGAUAGUUAUUUAUGUAAGUUUAUUGGGUAUAUUAAUAGGUUAUUUAGUUAGUAAUAUAAAAAUUUAUUCAUUAAAUAAAUUUUUAUGUACUUAUACUUUAAGAAAUUUUUUAAGAUUAAUGUGAUUUAUACCUAAUUUAUCAACUUACGGUUUAAGAUAUAAUUUUUUAAAUUUUGGUCAAAACUUAUUAAAAAUUGUUGAUAUGGGGUGAAGAGAGAUGUAUAGAGGUCAGGGGAUAUUUUUUAUUUUAAAAAAGUAUUCUAUUUUUUAUUAUUUUUAUCAAAUAAAUAAUUUUAAAAUUUAUUUAUUUAGAUUUGUUUUAUGAAUAAUUAUUAUAUUAUUUAUUUUAUUUAUUUA